AUGUAUCGAAACGCAUUACAAAAAGGAUUUUUAACCGUUUUAUACGCAGGAGGAUCAAAUCCAUUAAGAAUAUGGGAUUGUUUGGUCAUGAACGGUCACGUUAAAAGAGUAACGGAUGAAGAUGUUAGAACGUUAGUUUUGGAAAUAAGAGGUACCAAUGUUGCCACCUGUUACAUAUUUUCUCCGAUUCAACCGAAACAAGUACUCGGUAUAACUCUACCAUUUUUCGUUAUGGUUAUAAAAAAUUUAAAAAAAUAUUUUUCAUUUGAAAUACAGAUUUUAGACGAUAGGGAUAUGAGAAGAAGAUUUAGAGUGAGUAAUUUUCAAACGAGUACAAAAGUGAGACCAUUUGGUACGACAAUGCCGAUCGGUUUAAAUCCAGGAUGGAAUCAAAUACAAUUUAAUUUAGCAGAUUUUACUAAAAGAGCUUAUGAUUCGACGUACGUCGAAACUCAAAGACUUCAAAUUCAUGCUAAUUGUAGAAUAAGAAGAAUUUAUUUUUGCGACAAAUUAUAUCCGGAUGAUCAACUUCCGACAGAAUAUAGAUUACUUUAUCCACGUGUAGAAGAAAAGAAAAAGAAGUGA